AAGGCACCGUUGGGAUAUCCUCUGCUGUUUUUCAACAGUUAUUAUCGAGCUCCUUCGAUUAACUUCGACUUAAUGUCCAUUAUUAUGAAGUAGUAUCGUCUGGAUUUUCAUUUAAAGACAUAAGAUGACGGAUAUUUUGUGCAGAUGGCUGAACGAGGAACUCAAGCUGUCAAAAGCGAUUGAGCCAAAGGCCUUUGCCAAGGAUUUCUCCAGUGGCUACCUACUUGGGGAAGUUCUUCAUAAAUAUCAGAUGCAAAAUGAUUUCAGUAUGUUUAUGAAAAAAGACACCUCCAUCUCCAGACUGAAUAAUUUCACCCGCAUUGAGCCCACACUCAAGUUACUUGGGAUCUCCUUCAACCUGAACACAGCGCAGGACCUGAUGCAGGAGAAGCAGGGUGUUGCCACACGCCUCCUCUACCAGCUCUUUGUCACACUUGAAAAGAAGAAGAAAGCAGACAUCAGCGGCACAUUGAUGGAAAUCAUGCAGAAAAAGGAGCAUGAAAUCUACUCUGAUCAACUGCAUCAAGUGGUAAAGCGUGAUGCAGAGCUAAAACUAAAGAAAAUUUCGCAGCACUAUGAAGAGAAGUGCCAGCAAAUGGACAACAGGUUGGAGAUUACCCGUCCCAUCCAGCAACAGAGACCACUCAGAGUCCAGGAUGAGAAGAGAAUGAACAACAGUGAGAAGUUGCUGGUGUUUCGUCAGAAGCAAAAACACAUCAUGACUUGUAAUCAGGCCACUAAUGUUCAGGUGCCCAAGCCACCUGCCUACACUUCACAGUUCAACCUUAAAAGGAGGCAUCAACAGCAGCACCGCAAGGAACAAGAAGCGCAGACUGUCAAGACUGAAAUAGCCCAGUUUGAGACGAGGAAGAAAUUGCUUACUUAUGGUGCUCCUUCCUCUUCAAGUGGUCAGCCUGUCCCUAGAGAUUGUGUUCCUGGUGGUUGCAGCCAGGGCUGUGAGGUCCCUGGAAGUGGAACUAAGCUGACAUUACAAUCUAAUAGCAAGUAUAUACAGAAUAUCCGACAGAGGCUGGAGGAAAGUGCUGGAGCUCGUGAGCAGAGAGAGAAAAGACGGGACAGAUUCCUGGUGGAGCAGCUCAAGGCCCAUGAAGCUCAAGAGGAUGCCCGGCGAGAUGAGCAGCUGGUGAAGCGUCUGACACGUCAGACCCAGCAGGAGCAGCGUUUGGCAGCGCAGCUUCUUCAGAUACGCAUGCAGAAGGAUGUGAUACGGGAGAACCGCCUAUUCAGAGAGCAGCAGUACCAGCAGCGGAGAGAGAAGGACUUCCAGGAAGCUCUGGAGAGGGAGGCGGCUUUGGCUCAGCAGGCUAAAUUGGACCGUGCCGAAGAUAUCCGAAAGGAGCGUGAACUCUGUAAGAGGAAUGCUGCUGAGCGAGCUCAGAGCAGAUUCAAGAAGCACUUUAAGAGCUGCAAGGACAUUUUGGAGCAGAUAGUGGACUUGGCCACCAAGGUUGGCGAAUAUCGACAGCUCACUGAGAAUCAGAUUCCAGAGAAGUCCAUGAGAGAGUGGAAAGAAUUGCUGUUCAAUGGUCUGCCUCUCUAUGAGCCGAUAAAUUCCCAGCAGCCUGAGUUUGAGUUCACUCCCCCACUAGAUCCUGUAGAACUUGAGAAGCAUGCGAUCCUGAACAACCAGGACUAUGAUGAAUACACCAACAUGGUAGAUGAGUGGGCAUGGCCAGAGGAAGCAGGGGAGGCCAAACUACCCCUGACCAACAACAACAUUCUUGGACACGUUGUCCUACGACUGAGGAACAUGGUUCAUCAACCCAUCAUAAAACCCUCCUCCCCUUCAUUACCUCACUUUGCCUUUAAGGCCUGUGUCCUGGGAAAGCUUUGCUCUGGCAAGACCACCUGCCUGGCCAAGUUGGCUGAAGCCCAUGGCAUCUAUGUCUUAUCAGCGGACACGCUCAUUGAAGAGGCGCUGAAUGCUCACAGAAAUGGAGAAAAGGUUUGUCAGAUACAAGAAGAAGAGGAAGGCAAUGAGCACUUGUUCACAUCCUGCACAUCCCUGGAUCCUGACCUCGAAACUGAAGAGAGAAGUAGAAAGAACACCUUAACACUGUCUACCCGGGCCAUGCAAGGAGCGGCUGCAGACAAAGAGCUGAGGAAAGGCAACCCCAUCCCUUAUGAUCUGGUAGUGGACAUCAUAGUAGAGGCUAUCAGGCAGGUUCCAGCUCAGUCAAGAUGGAUCCUGGAUGGCUUUCCUUUGGACAUCACCCAGGCCUACCUGCUAGAGAGAGCCCUGGGUGGGUGUGCAGAUGUAGGGAGUUGUGUUGUGAACAGCAGGACAAACCUUGCUGCUGAUCCUAAUCCACCCAAACCUCCAACCCCCCCACCUCCUGUACUGGACCUGGCUCUGCUGCUGGAUAUCCCUGAUGAGUGUGUGAUCAGACGUGCUUUCAGUCAUGCGGAUCGAGAUAGUGCUGCUGCUACAGCUGCCUGUCCCAAAGACAGGACCUUGUAUCUGGCACAGAUUCCUCACAGAAUUGCAGCGUUUGAAGACACCUGGCCCAAACUACAGGAUUGGUUUGGUGAAAAGCAAAACAUUUUGGUCCGUAUUGAUGCAGAUGUGGACGAGGAGGAGCUUUAUAAAGGGAUGGAGUCUGUCCUGCAGCAAGUGUUGAUGCAACCACAGGAAGCUCUUGCUACUCCUCCUGUUGAAGAUGUAAUGUUGGACAGUUGGAAAGCUCCUGACUCCCCCUAUUCAGCUAAACUUCAACCUGUAGGCCAACCUCAGGACGUGUCACACGAAGCCCCCGGCCCUACAGAGUCCUACACCAACAUUAGUGGGGAAACAGCCCAAAGUCUGAAGUCCCUUUCCAAAACAAGCUCUAACUCCCCAAGAGGGCACUCUAGGAAGGCAUCCAUGUCCUCAGUGAUCAACGAAGACUCUCAGGGGGUCCCAAUAAACCCACCUGAGUCUCCCUGCCCAGGUUCUUCCAGCUGGGAAUAUGUGGAUGAACCCCUUCCUCCAGAAGUCCCAGGGUUAAUUUGCCCCCAUUGGGACACAGUGUGUGAUUCCUAUGUGAAGAACGUAAAGACAGUAAUGCAGCAGAUGCGCUCACAAGGCAAUGUUAUUAACAAUCACCUAUUCAAUAUCAGAGAGGACUACAAGCAUUACCUGGGACGUCCUGACUUAAGGCAGGAGUUAGUGUCUCAUUGGCAAAAGGACUUCAACAGCAUACCUGACGAUAUGAAAGACGAGGAUACCAAAGCAGAGCUACAUCUGAGACUGGAUGAACUGCGUGAACGUCUAUGGGACAUUAGUGACAAGCGUAAGGAGGAGGACGAGCAAGAGAGGGCUGCUCUCAUGGGGGACGGCUGGUUGGAGGAACACAUGGUCAUCCUCAUCAACUACCACUCUAAGCUCAUGCAGGUCGAGUUGGACCGUUUCCAGGAUACACUCUGUAUUCUAAGAGUCUACUAUUUGAGCAUGUACAGACAGGUGCUGCCUGAGCUACCCCCCAGGUUGGCUUGUAUCUCCCUUCUGGACUCCCCAGAAAUGAAGGAUCUGGACGAGAGGCAAGAAACACACUAUUCAUAACAACCUAAAUAUGUCAGAAACAAAACUACAAAACUUCCCCACACCAAGGAGAAAAUCCAGGAUCAGACAGAAACUGUCAAGCUUCUCCAAGAUAAACUGAUCUCUGGCUACACAGAGUCACUCAGAGGCAUCAGCAAAUUGGUAUCAGCAGAAGCCCAUCAGGGGGAGAUGAAAGAGCAUAAGGAGAAACCACAAGAGAAGGAGAGGGCACAGGUCUCUGCAGGUGCAAAUAAAAAAGCAAAAGGGAAGCAGUCAUCAGCAAAUAAGAAAGGUCCAUCAUCCCCUCCUCCUGAACCCAGCCCCACAGCAGCUGAGACUCAUAAUAAGGAAGUCAAACAGAAAGUACAUAAAGAGUAUGCUGCCACACUGGCUCAAGAGGAGAAUGCAGCAAAAGUGCGCAUUGCGCUGGUAAAAGGUCAUGGUCUGAGGACAGUGCAGUCACUGCAAUGCGGAGCAGAACAGACUUCAAGCAACAUGGAGAAGUGGUUAGAAACCCACUAUCUUGCAGGGAUGAAAAGUAUUGAUCAACUAUCAGAAGUGAUCCGCCACCACAUAGAGGCUGGUGCUAAGUUGAAAUAUGAACUGGUGUUGGAAUGUACUGACUUCUACCUGAAUGGAGACUGCCUCAUGGUGGCUAGCCCGGCUCCCCCUCCCCUUCCACCUCCUCUGGAGAAACCCACAGGUUCCACCCCAACCAUCACCCAGCUACAGUCCCUCCACAAACAGCUAUGCAACAUUGCUCCAUCAGGCCUCAUAUCCAGUUCUGAGUUCUACAGUUUGCUCAGGGAUCUCAUAGGUGUUACACUGGGCAGAAACACCUUACCUGAGGAAUGGAUUAAACAGAGUGAAACACAGUUGACGGAGAUUGUAUCGCUGCUGACAGACGAAUAUGAACUGAUAGACUGGCAUAGAUUUCUGCUCAGUGCUGCCCUCCCUUGGCCAUUUCCCUCCCUAUCACAGCUGCUGACUGUGCUACAACGUUUCAAGGCAGCAGAUACUGGAAACACAGGCUAUAUAAACGAGGAGCAGUACCUACAGACCGAGCUGUGGUUUUCAAGUGAGAGUGUCCUGCUCGUCCCAGAAGACCCCUCAGAGUCUCUACCUUAUGACCGCCUGGCUAACCUACGCAAGUUUUUUUUCCAGUUGUUUGCGGACCACUCUUUCUCUCUACCUCGACUGGACUAUUUUACCAUGCUGCAGUACUUUGCAGCCGACCCUAACCCCAGACAGGGCUUCAUCAGAGCCCUCAGUCUAGUGCUAGGACAACACCUCAAACGCUCCUCCCAGGGACAUCUUGUCAAGUCGAUGCCCAGUAUAGAAGAGGCUACAGAGUUGGAUAGAGAUUUCUACAAAGAAGAAGAGACUCCGUUAGCAUCAAGCAGUUUGUUGGGGGAGCAGGAAGUGUCCAUCGCUGCUCUCGUUGCUGUCAUCUCCCACAAAGUCACCAAAAUGAAGGGCGUCAACCACCUUCCUCCAGAUUGCCUGAGUCAAGAGGAGCACACUGAGCAACUGGUGCAUAUAUUCAGAGAGCUGGGCUACAUGCCUGAGGACUGUAUCCCCUUCUCUGUUCUCUCUCUGCACCCUUUCAUCCAGGAUUUGAUGGAGACCUCAACACACUUCCAGCUUGUAAACAUUCAUAGAGUGCUACCGGCUCUUCAGGAUGAAGGAGAGGCUAACAGCUUGACAGUUUCCUAAGGAAUGGCAAAAAUACGUUCUGCUGCACCUUGAAAAUCUCUUUUAUCAAGGAAAUGCAAAAGAAGUGGCCUUUUGCCAUUUUAAAGUACUCUUGACACAGUUACUUUUGACAUCAUCGAUUAAAUCUAUUGCUUAUCUCAAUUUUGAAUAAACAUAUUUACAAC